UCAAGUUAAAGAUCCGCUAUAUUGAGGCUUUCUCCGACGUGGAAAUUUUGAAGGAUCGCAAUACACAACACAGAGACAGGUUGGAAGCUAAAAAUAACGAGCUGAAAGACGCGAAUGAGGAAGUGAAAACCAUGUCGGUAGCCGUCAAAGAAAUGAUGAAGCAGGCAAACAAGGUUGUACAACUGUCGCAGCGUCAGCCUGACUUGGCUGCGCUGCUCGCCACUUUGGUCGAUCAUACUGUCGACCAACUGGAAGCAGAUAUCGAUUCGGAGAAGGCUCGCCUGGAGCUCACGCAUGGGGGGAGCAGCAACAUCAUUAAAGAAUUCGAAGAACGUGAAAAACAGAUACAAAAGCUGCGUGGCAAGCUCUCCGACUUCGAGACUCAACUCGCGGAAUAUGAUCACGCCAUCAACGAGAUCCGCGGGAAGUGGGAACCCAAGCUCGAUGAGAUUAUAAAGAGCAUAAGUGAUGCUUUCUCCGAUUCAUUUGCCCGCAUUGGCUGUGCCGGUCAGGUCACAUUAGACAAAGCAGAGGAUGAAGCAGGCGCCGACGGCGAGCCUGGAGGCAGCGACUUUGAUCAGUGGUCCAUCCAGAUCCACGUGAAGUUCAGAGAACACGAGAAUCUCUCCCUCCUCGACUCUCACCGCCAAUCAGGUGGAGAAAGAGCCGUGAGUACGAUCUUCUACCUCAUGGCUCUGCAGUCGCUCUCCGCAUCUCCGUUCCGCGUCGUCGACGAGAUCAACCAGGGUAUGGACCCGCGCAAUGAACGCAUGGUACACGGACGCCUGGUGGAUAUUGCCUGUGCCCCCUCCGAGAACGGAGGUGGCGGUCAGUACUUUCUCAUCACGCCCAAACUGCUCAGCGGGUUAGUCUACAAGCCAGGCAUGAGGGUGCUCUGCAUCUACAGCGGUGAGCAUAUGCCCAAAGACUAUGAGCAGCUUGAUUUCGGGCAAGCCGUUCGACGAAUGAGGGCUAUACGAGAUCGAGGAAGGGCCGUUGAGGAUCCUACUCAAAGAAGUAACGGCCAUGUUGACGUUCACGCUUGAUUUACCUUUCUGGCUUGGAGUAACGGUCUUUUGUGAUACCUCUUUUCGUUUAUGAUUCCGAAUGCGUUACUAUAUUUGUCAUGUGUGUGUGUACUUGGUUGAAGCUUAUACCAAUGCCUGAAACUAUUUGUCUCAACUUCACACUGUACAUAUUGAGUUAU